AGGGAGCAUGAAAGAGUCCACACUGGGGAAAAGCCUUAUGAAUGUAAACAAUUUGGCAAGUAUUUUAGCCAAGCUGGAACCCUAAGGAUUCAUGAAAGAGUUCAUACUGGGGAAAAGCCUUAUAAAUGUAAACAAUGUGGCAAGUGUUUUGGCCGAGCAGGAGACCUGAGGAUCCAUGAAAGAGUUCACACUGGGGAAAAGCCUUACGAAUGUAGACAGUGUGGCAAGUGUUUUAGCCAAGCAGGAACCUUAAAGAUUCAUCAAAGAGUUCACACUAGGGAAAAGUCUUACGAAUGUAAACAGUGUGGGAAGUGUUUUAGCCGAGCAGGACACCUAAGGAGGCAUGAAGGAAUUCACACUGGGGAAAAGGCUUACAAAUGUAAACAAUGUGGCAAGUGUUUUAGACAAGCAGGACACCUAAGGAUUCAUGAAAAAGUUCACACCGGGGAAAAGCCUUAUGAAUGUAAAAAGUGUGGCAAGUGUUUUAGCCUAGCAGGACACCUAAGGAGUCAUGAAAGAAUUCACACUGGGGAAAAGCCUUAUGAAUGUAAACAAUGUGGCAAGUGUUUUAGCGAAGGAGGAAACCUAAGGAUUCAUGAAAGAGUUCACACUGGGGAAAAGCCUUACAAAUGUAAACAGUGUGGGAAGUGUUUUAGCCGAGCAGGACACCUAAGGAGUCAUGAAAGAAUUCACACUGGGGAAAAGCCUUACGAAUGUAAACAGUGUGGCAAGUAUUUUAGCCAAGCAGGACACCUAAGGUCUCAUCAAAGAAUUCACACUGGGGAAAAGCCUUAUGAAUGUAAACAGUGUGGCAAGUGUUUUAGAAAUGCAGGACACCUAAGGAUUCAUGAAAGAGUUCACACUGGGGAAAAGCCUUAUGAAUGUAAACAGUGUGGCAAGUGUUUUAGCCAAGUAGGAGCCCUAAGGAUUCAUGAAGGAAUUCACACUGGGGAAAAGCCUUAUGAAUGUAAACAGUGUGGCAAGUGUUUUAGAAAUGCAGGACACCUAAGGAUUCAUGAAAGAGUUCACACUGGGGAAAAGCGUUAUGAAUGUAAACAGUGUGGCAAGUGUUUUAGCCGAGUAGGAACCCUAAGGAUUCAUGAAGGAAUUCACACUGGGGAAAAGCCUUACGAAUGUAAACAGUGUGGCAAGAGUUUUAGCAGAGCGGGUACGCUAAGGAUUCAUGAAAGAGUUCACACUGGGGAAAAGCCUUAUGAAUGUAAACAGUGUGGCAAGUGUUUUAGCGAAGCAAGAACCCUGAGGAUUCAUGAAAGAGUUCACACUGGGGAAAAACCAUAUGAAUGUAAACAGUGUAGCAAGUGUUUUAGGGAAGCAAGAGGCCUGAGGAAGCAUGAGAGAAUCCACACUCUUGUAACUGAGUCACGUGAAUGUUCUCAGAAAAACAAAAGUCUGUCUAAACGUUUGGAAUCUUGCAAGCGGAAGAGAGCGGGAGGUAAAAACGUUAAUGUUAGCAGAGCCAUAGGUUUUACAAAUACAAACAACCUUCAAACACUGAGAGAGACUGGAAACACUGAUCUACCAGAUGCACAAUUGGUCAUCUUUGAGAAUUACAGCUGCUGGAUUUGUCAAGAGGAGAUGAGUAGUGAGGCUCUUCUUCUUCAACAUUAUGAAAACCAUAUGACCUAUGUUUGCGAAGAUGACUCUUAAGUUAAUCGAAGUAAAAACUAUGGGGAAUUCUGUAGGACCUAGGAGCAGGGGGUGCGUCAAAUCACCUUGCACCUCCCCACAGGCUCCGGAGGGUUGUUGACCAAUGAUUUCAAACAAAGUGAAUUAGUGAUACUUUGCCUACAAUGUACAUGUAAUUGCAAAAUCGUUCUGAAUUUUUUGCGACAGUUGAGCAGUUCUUAACAUAGUUCGCCAGAAAAUGGGCCAAGAAAAGCAAGAAGAGAGGCCACUGCCACUGCCUCAAAAAGAAACUGAAAGUGCCAUAAGUGAAGAUUUUCGGGCUGUAGAAUUAUAUUAGAACCUUUUUUUUUUCAUUUAAAAGUCUUGAAGUUAAAUUUACAAGUUAGAGAUUACUGUGCAUUCGGGCACGGACGCCUUAGCGGGAGUGGCUCAUCUUAUCUAUCUAGUGUCACGUAACUGAGAAAUAUAACUUACAUGUACUAUCCCCCGUGGGGUACUGCUGGGAAUUCUUGGUGGGGGUGUGCCGCCAAGUUCUCUAAAUCCUGACGCUAUUUCAGACCAAAAAUGUCAUUUUUCCCGCACGUUUUCAGACGAGACCUUUAAAAUCUAUACCAGUUUUCAGACCUGAACUUUAGGCAGAAAUUAUGUCAUGAUUACUUAGAUUAGAGCAUAAACCAAAAUUUAUUCAAAUGCAUUUCGAAUUCGCAUAUUUCUAUUUCGAUCUUUUUCAUUUAGAAUUGAUACGAUAAAUACGCUCAUACGCUCCCGCAGUUCGCUCGAAAACCAUCUCGAUUCCAGAGAAAAAUUUAUACCCGUUUUCGGACCGAAAAGGUCCACAAACCAUACCCUUUGGGACGGCAUAUACCUAUAUGGCUUUUCCACCUCCCCCCCCUUCCCCGGGGUACUUUCUAAGAUACUUUUUUGUGCAUUGUUCAUCUGUUUGCUAAGAAGCCCCCAACUUGGAACACUACUGAAAGAUCAUUAUGAUCAGCAGCAAACUUUGUAAAUAAUCAGAUUUACAACUUUCUUUCUAUUUUACUUUUGAAAUUGUGAUGCCAUUGUCAAAAUACGUACGUAAAGUAGUCUAUUUGCCAUAUAAUAAAUUUUGAAGGUCCAAGAAUUUGCCAGUUGUCCACGUUUCGAUUUUUCUUAAUACUGCCGGCCCUCAAAACGCUCUCAAUGUACUCUCAGAAACCUAAUUGUCCCAACGCCCCCUCCCUUCCAAGAAACAAGUGCAGUCGUUUUGGUCCGUCUUCUCGUUGGAACGCACUCUCACAGAAAAAGAAAACUGGCUACGGGCCUGGCUGAGGAUAAUUCUUGAGAAUAAUUUCCUGCCUCCUCCCACAUCUCUGACCUCAGAUCUUUCGCUUUGAGUGCAUGUAAGCGAUUUAUUUAAGAGAUUACCGAUUAGCUGGCGAGCUAGCUCAUUUGGGGAUAUCGUGAAAAGUAGACGCGCGUGAGGCACCCGAGAGGAGAUGCGAAAGCAGGGGAUGGCCCCUCGCGGCUCGCUUCGCUCGCCCAAACAUGAGAGCUUAAUCGCAGGUAGGAGCCCAUAACUCGGAGCGUGUAACCCCUAUACUAGGCCUAUGUCACGGCGUUUUUACUGAGUGGUUUAUUUGUAGACACAUUUUAAGACAAUUUUACCCGUGGAAAUGGAAUCUCCGCCACGUCCAUGAACACAUUAAAAGGCAGAAGUUAUCAUUUUUAGGGCUGUAUGUUUUUGCUGACUGGUUUGUGUGACUUUAAAGAUAUUAUAAAUUCGCGCCAAGACCGUUCUAAUGGUAGACUGUUCACAGUCCUCUAUUUUUCCGUAAGAUCAUCGAGAUCGAGCGCUUUGCGUUAUGGGCUGCCAUCUUGUACGAGUGUCAAAACUACUUAGGGGGCGGGGUCGGUUUGGGAGGAAGCGAGAAAAAUAGAGGGACUGUAAUAACAUCACUGCAGCUCGCGUUCAGGAGGCGUGACAGGAAUUUCACGCCUUUUACCAUUAAUUAAUUAAGAAACUCCGCUGGUGAUGAAAAACAUGCCAGACACAUUUAGCAUUCGUUACGCGUGUUUACAAAUAUCUCCUUUUGAAACAGUGAUUUUAUAAUGUUUCUGGGCCAUUCCUCGAAAUAAAAUCGGCAAACAUACACAAGAAAACAUUUUUCUAAUCAAAAUACCAAAAGUCCUUCCUGUGUUUGCGCAAGAUGUGCCUUAUGGUAUGAAAGCGUACGUUUUAUGGAAGCGUCGACUUGUCAGUGUCGGCAACUUAAACAAAACCCGUUGUUCAACGUAAAUACAUCUAUUGUCUAAUGACCAAUCAAACGCCUGCGUUGGUGGUACAACGCGCUCCGUGAACGCGAGCUGCUGUUAUUACAGUCCCUCUAUUUUUCUCUCCCCCCCACUUCCUUCCCCCAGAGCUAUAAUCCGCGACGCCCGGGUCCGUGCACACUUCGGCCAAUCUAAUUUUCCAUUUUUCCAACAAAAACGGAAAAAGGAAAUAUUACUUAUCCUUAUCAUACUUACAUAUUUUAAAGUACAGAAAAAAAGAGAAAAAAAGAAAAUGGUCAGGAAAAUUGAUCUUUUUUUCAUUUUCCUAAUUUUGAAGUCCGCUUCAAAAAUACAAAAAAUACUGUAAACGGCUAAAAGAGAUAUUUUGCUAAUUUUAUUUUCUUGCUAUUCUUAGAAAAUGAGAAAAACGAAAUAAUGUCCAAUUUCUAACUCAUUUUUCUAUUUUUCCGUUUUUCGCCAAAAAUAGAAAAACGGAAAAAUGAAAAAAAUCAUAUUUAUUCGCACCAUUUUUUCAUUUUUCCAUUUUGUUCGAAAAAUGAAAAAAAUAGAAAAAAAGCAUACUUAUCGCCCAAUUUUCCACAAUUCCAUUUUAAUAAGAAAAAUGAAAAAAAUGACAAGUGUUGCGAGCAAUUUUCUAUUUUUCCAUUUUUUAAUAAAUAGUAAAACUUUAAAACGAUACACCCUUUCAGACUGUUUUUCAUUUUUUAUUUUAUUGAAAAAUGGCGCAGAAAAGUGAGAAGUUAUGAGUAUUUUAACGGUGAAUAAAAGAAAAACCUAAUUCGUAUCCACUACCGACGCACUAAUUUGGUUAGAAGAUUUACCCAGGGUCGGCGGAGAUGUGGGGGAAUUGCGGGGUGGGGGGGGGGGUGGGGAGGGCUUAGUUUUCGAGAAGCGUACGUAGUUCCAUUCACUUUUGAUCUCGAUUUCCCUGAAGGUUUGAGUUGUCGGGAGUCGACUGUGGAUGAAAGCAGCGGGAAAACCGUAACGUACCGGCCGUGGAAAUGAAGAACAUUAGAAAGGGUACGAGGGAGGAGGAGAAGGCGUGAAAAUUGGUACGGGAAAAGGGCCGUGGUAAGUCAACGGUUUUCAUGCCAGCAACAGUAUGGUCCCAGCACAAAAAAAGCGGUUCAUGAGGGAGAUUAAAGGGAAGGAGUUAAAAAGAAGGUCGUUGAACAGUCACAUGCACAAAAUAAAUAAAGAGCACGCCAGUGAAGAGGUCAGACGCAUUUAAAUGAAAUAGAUGCUCAAAAGUAGACUGCUUAGCCUGCCGAAAUAACGGAUCUUGCCGCAGAACGGGUGUUUGAGGAUUGCAAGAGUAAAGUAUGUUGAAUUAAUAUUAUGGGGGAGAAACAUAACGAGGCGGCUAGUAUACACUCGCGGGAGAGAACAUCUUAAUGAUCUGGCCCAUACAUUUGCUCAUACAUUUGAUUAAACGUUGGAUAGCGACUAUCCACCGGAUAAAUCACUACCCAGCAGCCUGAUAAUUUUUUAUGUAUUUUAUGGAAACCAAUUGCGUUAUCUACUGGAUAGUUAUUUAUCCAGCGGAUAGCGUUAUCCACCUUUUAAGCAACUCAGCCCUGGAAAGACGAGAGCAAAGAUCGCUAAUGUCGGGAAACCCAUGCGACAAGUAUGGGAAUCGAAACGUUCUACAGUUUGAAUGGAACAGGAACACUUUACGGUGACGCAGUGUUAGAACGGGUCACAGAGUGAGUCCUAAGUAAUGAGGUAAAGGAAUCAGCUAAUCAAAUCCAAACGUGAAUGAAACUACUUUCGCAUGCUGAGAACUAAAGCACCCCCACCCGCCCUUCCCAUCCCACAUCUCCGCCGACCCUGACGACCCUGUGUAAAUCGUCUAACAAAACUAGUGAGUCGAAAGUGGAUUAGGUUUUUCUUUUCUUUGUUGGUAAAUGCUCAUGAUUUGUCAUUUUUAUUUGCUAUUUUUCAUUAAAACAAAAGAUGAAAAAUUGUCCGUUUUUGUUUGUUUGUUUGUUUUCUAUUUAUUGAAAAAAUGAAAAAAUUGUUCGCAACACUUGUCAUUUUUUUCAUUUUUCUUGUUAAAAUGGAAUUAUGGAAAAUUAGGCGACAGGUAUGCUAUUUUUCUAUUUUUUCAUUUUUUCAACAAAAUGGAAAAAAUGAAAAAAUGGUGGGAAUAAAUAGUAUUUUUUCAUUUUUCCUUUUUUCUAUUUUUUGCGAAAAACGGAAAAAUAGAAAAAUGAGUUAAGAAUCGGAGAUUAUUUCAUUUUUCUCAUUUUCUAACAAUAGCAAGAAAAUAAAAAAUAGCAAAAUAUCGCUUUUAGCCCUUUACAGUAGUUUUUGAAUUUUUGAAGCGGACUUCAAAAUUAGGAAAAUGAAAAAAUGAUCAAUUUUCCUGACCAUUUUCUUUUUUUCUUUUUUUUUCUGUACUUUUAAAUAUGUAAAUAUGAUAACGAUAAGUAAUAUUUCCUUUUUCCGUUUUUAUUGGAAAAAUAGAAAAUUAGAUUGGCCGAAGUGUGCACGGACCCGCCCGCCCCCUCGGUACAUUUGAAAAUCAAGAUAGCCGUGACGGUAAGACGCGGUAUAUCUAAACGAUCUGACGAAAAAAUAGGGGACUGUGAACAGUCUAUUCUAAUGGGCUCCUGUCGUAGGCUAGAUUUCUGCCUUGUUUGAGAUACCUGUGGACAUGUGUCAGAAGGCGCGGAUCACUUAUUUAAAAAUAAAGGUCCCUUAUAACUUCUUACUCGGAGACACUACUAAUGCAAAUAACGUUUCAGCGAAAAAUCAGUAAGAAACAGUGUUAUAAUCUAUAGCAUUCAACUGAAUUUUCGAAUCAAAUUAUAACCUUGAACGUACAGAAAAUGCGUUAUCGUCGAAGGCCAGGGAACCCAGGGAAAUGUCAGAAGUUAAGCCCGCGCGCGCCCGUUCUUUUUCCUCGCUUUGGACGAAGGUUACGAACCCACCCCACCCAAUAUAUAUAUUUUUUGUUUUAAGGAUCAGUUUGCUGUGUUUAUGAUUUUGUCCAAGUUUUCAUUGUACUGAUCCAGGUCUACAACUAAGAGAUCCGGCACCAUUCAACGGUUUGUUGCUUGGACUUGCUGAUAUUUUAUAUUUUGACACCCCAAUCUUUGCAUGAACCGCUCAUAUAUUUGGAAAAUGAUUUACACGUGCAAAAAAGAUAAAAGUAAAAGUAAAAGUGUUGAAAUGAAAGUCAUCCAAUUUCUUAGCCUUUAUUAAAACAAUUAUAGUCUUGCAAUAGAGGUGCCAUCACGCAAGACGUCUAGCUAAAUAAAACGAAAUAAAGUUAAAAAUAAUGAUAGCAAUAGCAAAAUGGAGAAAAAUAUCAUAGCAUUAAUUAUUGCACAAUAUUAAAAUUCAUCAUUGACUGAAAUGCUCAAAUAAGACUUUGUUGAAUCGAUCUGCGGUCUUAAGCAAUUUCGCAAACAAAAAAUGGAAAACCCGUUACCCGUGCCCUCAUUUAUCUACAAUCUUGGACAAAAUAAAAUGGAACAGAAAACCCCCAUCCCCCCCAAAUCAAGGAUGAAGCUGCGCGAAGGGCAAAAAACCGCGCCAUUUUCCCAUCCUUGAUUUGGGGGGGGGGUGUCUAGGUUUUCCAUUUAUUUUGUCCAACAUUGUAGCUGAGGUCCCCACUCCGGACGGGUUUUUGCGCUCUUAACAUCAAAAUGGCCGCCAUCGGAACGUGAUUUAUGAAUCCUUCAGUUCUUGGUUUUGUCUUCCCUUGUGUGAUUUGAUCAAAGCGACAAGGUCUUGUUACUAAAGGUAAGAAAGUUUUCUAAACAUUAUGGAUAUAUUUAGUUGUGAAAGUCAAAUGAUAGCGGCUAGCUACUCGGAUGACAACACAUACAAAUGGUCAAGAGUCCGACUACAAUUCAAACGUAAACCCGAUAUCCUUUCGGGUUCGAUUUGGGCCAUCAGGUCCUAAUAACAAUUCGGAACUGAACUUUGUUUCCCACUUACAAAUACCUAUCUGCUGUUUUUAAAUCUUUUAUUUUUCCAAGCAUAUUACUUUGCUUGGUUUCUGAAGGCGGGUGUCUAGAACACAGACCUCGAAAACACAGACCGCAGACUGCAGACGUCGAAGACUCAGACCUCGAAAUUACGAGUCUUAUAUAAGUCCUACACAUUUGAUGAAAACAGUUUACGCGUGGCGCCUGUUUUCCCUUUUCUAGGGUGUCUAAAAAUCGAUGGAAACAUAGACCUUGAAAACGCAGACCUCGAAAACGCAGACCUCGUACACUCUUUUUUUAAAUAAGAAUGUUGUUUUUCCGGCCCAGGCUGAAUAUUCUUAUUCUUCUGCCGAUUUUGGGCUGAAAAUAUUCUAGUAUUAUUCUCAGUUUAAAGCUCAUGACAUUUCCGUUUUAGACUAUAUUGGGGGUAUCAGUUAUAGUUAGUGCAUGUUUUCUCGUUUUGUUGCCUAGUUUUCCCCUUUAUGAGAAUUGAAUAAGUGGAAAACAUAUAAUUGUAUUGUAUUAACAGCUUUUGAACACAAAAAUAUAUCCUUUUCAAUAUCUCAGUCUGGGGUUUAUUCUUAAAAUAUUCUUAAAAUUUUGCGAAUUUCAGCCUUGAUAUUCUUAAAAAAUAUAUGCUUAUAGAAAAAAAAGAGUGUAUUGCAUAAAACGCCACCGAAGCAUGUCAAUAUUCGAUACUUGCAUAAAAUGUAACCAAAGUAUGUCGAAUGGUAGGAAACGCAUAACAUGAUUGGCGCUUGUAAAAACAAGACGUGUUGUGAAAAUUCAAUGUUGCAUUAUGGAAUUCAAUAUCCCAAACUACCAUGUUGCAUUGUAAAACUUCAAUGCCAAGUCGUGGACAACAAAGAUAAAGUGGGAAACGAAUAUGAAAAGCAAAAGUUGAAUUUUGGUGGGAAUAUAACGCUAUAAUCUGCUUUGUCCCUUUCACCCUUGAAGUAAUGGUUACAUGUCGGGACCUAUCUUUCCCUUCCCUUUAUUUUCACCUAUAAUUCAUGAGGGUUAGGGUUUUUAUUCAGAGUAGCCUUCUCCUAGGUGGGUUGACAAACAAGCUUCAAUCAUGUCCAAACUACCCCUUUGUUGUAAGGGUGGCUUUGAGGUUACUGGGUUGGUAGGAGUGUCCAUUUCCCAAUGGUACACUAAGACACCAGCCUGUCCUGUCACAGUGUCCAUAUUACUAUUAUUAUUAUUAUCAUUAUUAUUAUGAUUAUUAUGAUAUUAUUAUUAUUAUGAUUAUUUUUUAUUAUUUUUUAUUUUUUUUAAUACAAAAAUAACUUUAUUCAUAGAUUAAAAAAAAUAGACUUUUUACAGAUUCAAGAAUAUGAAUAUUAAAAUAUAUACCCUAUGUACAUUCUUCUUGUGUACGAAAGAGAAUUGUCGUAAAAUGACUAUCUAAAAACUACUAAUAACAAUUAUAAAAAGCAUCAAAAAGUUAAUACAAAAAUAAAACUAUCUAAAAAUAAUUCAAACUGAUAAUGUCAAACUGAUUAUUAUUAUUAUUAUCAUCGUCAUCAUUAUUAAUAUCGUUAACAAGCUAAAAUAGCCAGAUAGACUAAUAAAUAAGGCUGCUUAGCCUUCCUUAGCUAAGUCCCUAUCUCUGGGGGAUUUUGGCAUUUGCCAAAAGCAUUGUCUAGUGAAGUCAUCACUCCCUUUCUGAUUUCUUUUAAGUUUCUGUCCAGCCCACUGGAGGUAGCCAGCGUCGCCGACAUCAUCUAACCCCUGUUAGUAACGUCUACAAAGCAGCAUUCAUAACCUUGUUCAGGGCCCCCACCAGAAUGAACAAAAAAAACCAGAAAAUACUCACCAUUUUUAUGUAGACCAUAAUUAACAAUUAUUGGAGAAGGUUCAGCUAAAUAUCGUGAUUUGUCUGUGGCGAGUUCGGCUGAGGCAAAUAAUUGAUCUUCCGAGACACUGACAAAUCACAAUAUUUUGCAAUAACCGAGUUCAGUAAUUGUUUUAUCAUUCGAUCACCGAGUUUGUUUUUUAAAUGAAUAUCCUUGGGAAGCAAAGUGAUCUGCCAUUUUCACGCAAGAGCCAUCGCAAGAAGGAGGAAAGCAUGGUUUCCUUUAGGCAUGAGCAGAACAUUAUUUGCAGCCAAACACUAUUGGACAGCAUUGCACAUGAGCAGACCAUUAUUUGUAGGCAGUUAGUUGCUGGUCAUGUGGUGGGCUCUCGGCCAAUGAAAAGAAAGAAAAAUUUGCUUCGAAUGAUAAUGCGCAUUGUUUAACCCCAAACAUUUUGCAUGACCACUGUCUUUUAUUUCUCUUGGGACAACUGUAAUACCCAGAAGAAAUUGGAAACAGUGGUAAUGCAAAAUGUUUUUUUUGGGGGGUGGGUGGGUACACAGUGGUGAAUGCAUUUCGAUUUUCCCAUCAACUUGAUGUGCAAAUAGAUGAUGGCUUUUUUAACAAGCCAAUCAUCGUAAGUAUGCAAAUCCUAGUAGAAAGAUGGGUGCACCUAACAAGGAUUUCUGUGCUGUUUCUCAAAUGGACUUAACCAAAUGUUUAGCUACGUCUGUGGCAUACGCUCUAUUUGUAAGUCGCAAUAUUUAACCACUUUCGUAUCCUUUCUCAUAUACUUUACUUUUCAUCGUGCUGUCUCCCAAUGAGCUUUACUCCUAGUACAAACGUGUAAUAUUUAACCACCCACAGAGAAUUCUCAGAUAUAACCAAUGACUCCACAAUAGACCACCACUGUGCUUGAGAAGGAUAUUUAAAUUGUUGAUUUGUGAACAGCUUGUGCGAGUCCUGGGACUGGGAUUUUUUUAGUAUUCUGCUGUCUUUUUGUCCCACUAGUUGACUAUUGAACUUAAGUUGGUGGCUACCAUGAGAACAAUGAAAUUAAAGGUUUCUUUUUAUGCCAAAAGGUAUUCUAACCAUCGGCACCACACCAGAAGCACUGCCUAAAUGUCCUUUGAGUGCAAGCAGUGUAAGAAGACUUUUAAAAAAGCCGAUUACCUGAGAAAGCAUGGACGAGUGCACACUGGGGGAAAGCCCUAUCAAUGUAAACAAUGUGGCAAAUGUUUUAACCGAGCAGCACACCUAAGGAGACAUGAAAGAGUUCACACUGGGGAAAAGCCUUAUGAGUGUAAAGAGUGUGGCAGGUGUUUUAGUCAUACUGCAUCCUUAAAGGCGCACAAAAGGAUUCACACUGGAGAGAAGCCUUAUAGAUGUAUACAGUGUGGCAAGUGUUUUUGCCAAUCAGGAGGACUAAAGAUUCAUGAAAGAGUUCACACUGGAGAAAAGCCUCAUGAAUGUAAAAAGUGUGGCAAGUGUUUUAGCAGAUCAGGAGGCUUGCGUCUACACGAAAGAGUCCACACGGGAGAAAAGCCUUAUGAAUGUAAAAAGUGUGGCAAGUGUUUUAGUUGUUCAGGAAGCCUCACGAUUCAUGAAAGAGUUCACACUAGGGAGAAGCCUUAUGAAUGCACACAGUGUGGCAAGUGUUUUAACCAAAGAGGAAUCCUAAGGAUUCAUGAAAGAGUCCACACGGGAGAAAAGCCUUAUGAGUGUAGUCAGUGUAAUAAGCGUUUCCGUGCAUCAGGAAGUCGAAGGGAACAUGAGAGAUCCGUGCACUCUGGAAAAAAACCUUAUGAUUGUAAGCAGUGUGGCAAGUUUUUUAGCAGCGCACGAAUCCUGAAAACACACGACAGAGUUCACAGUGGAGAAAAACCAUAUGAAUGUGAACAUUGUGGGAAGUGUUUUCGCUUCUUAGCGUCCGUUAGGGAACAUAAACGAGUUCACACUGGAGAAAAGCCUUAUGAAUGUGAACAGUGUGGAAAGUGUUUUGGCCGAUUAGUAGGUUUUUGUUCACAUCAAAAAGUCCACUCUGGGGAAAAGCCUUACGAAUGUACACAAUGUGGGAAGUGUUUUAGCCAAGCAGGAAAGCUAAGGAGACAUAAAAGGAUUCACACUGGGGAAAAGCCUUACAAAUGUAAACAGUGUGGUAAGUGUUUUAGACAUUCAAACACCCUAAAGGUUCAUGAAAGAAUUCACACUGGCGAAAAGCCUUACGAAUGUCAACAGUGUGGGAAGUGUUUUAGCCAAGUAGGCAGCCUAAGAAAACAUGAAAGAGUCCACCAC